AAUGGUAACUGAGCACACUGUAGAAAGACAUUGAAACGUAGUUGUGAUUACUGGUUCAGUAUGCGGUAACAGACAUAAGUCGUUCAGUGUAAUUAUUAUUUAACUAUCACGUUUGUGUAACCUAUGGACCUAAUUAUUCAUCUUUUAUUAUUAACAACCAUUUCAAAUGCUGCAGAAGUCAAAGAUAUGAGACUGCGCUGCCUUCUGGGGGAGUACAGAGGAGCUGAAUGUCCACUGGACGGUGGCUGGUCAUCAUGGGGUCCUUGGGGACCCUGCCAAGGCCAGUGCGGGGCAGCAGGACGACGUGUGAGGCGGAGGCUGUGUGACAGCCCUCGUCCGGCCCAGGGCGGGGCCUCGUGCACCGGCUCUGAUGUUGACAUUGAGACCUGUGCUGUUCCAAUGUGUACAAUGGAACAGCUGGAGGAUUUGCUUGCUGGAGACCCAGUUCGACAAAAGGCAAUGGCAGCGGUGCAGCAGAUUCACCAGAAAUACCCUGCUCUCCUGGAACGUUGUCUCCUAGGAAAUUGUUACUUUGAUACUGUCAAAAAUAUUCUGCAAGCAGAUGCGAUGCGAUACUGGAAUUCCUUGAUGUGUGUCAAGCACAAUGUUGGUUGUCCAGUCCGUGGGGGAUGGACAGCAUGGAGCGACUGGACUCGCUGUAGUGCUGUGUGUGGCCAGGGCAGUGAGUACCACUGGAGGAACUGCUCUGAUCCACCACCCAGCAUCCCAGAGCUGAUGUGUCGUGGUGUUGCUUUUGAAAGCAGGGCAUGUACAGGGAGUGGCUGUGCAUCCAAGAAAGAUGGGGUGUGGUCAGAUUGGAAGCAAUGGUCAAGCUGCACUGCUAAAUGUGGGAAAGGAGUUAUGAAGAGAGAACGGGACUGCUUGAGAGCUCAAAAACGUGAAACUCAAAAUGUUCUUAAGAAGCACUCUCGUAGUAGGUCUUCCUUAUUGGUUGCCAGAGAGAGAAAGCUCGCAUUUGUUGCUUCACCCUUUCACUUGAGAUGGGCGAGAGCUGUUAAGUCUGCGAGCAGCUGCUCAGGAGCCAGGGAGGAGAUGAAGGAAUGUCAGAGUAGUGAUUGCUCAGUGGAUGGAGGCUGGUCUCAGUGGGAUGUGUGGUCACCAUGUUCAGUCCCAUGUGGCUUGGGUGUCCAGAGCCGCAGUCGAUCCUGCAGCUCCCCUGUACCUCAGGGCAAAGGAGCUCCCUGCUCAGGUCCAACAACUGAAGUGCAACAUUGUUACCCCCGACCAUGCUCUGUGAAAACACAUGAAGUGGCAACAUUUGUGGGUGACGGUGUGUUGCAUUACUCUUCCACUGGCAGGCCAGCACGAAUGCUAUUAACAUACUUGCGGUUCCGACCACAGGGACCAUUUGGUGCACUAAUCAGGCGCCAGCAGGAGGAAUGUGUUGGCUACACUUGUGACAAUGUUCGCAUUGCUCUUGAGGGUGGCUUUCUGGUGCUGACUGUGCUGUCCGCAGGAUGCUCAGCAGUCAUUAUUGGUGGCAACAAGGUUGAGAUUGAUGUAUGGCAUGAAAUUCUUGUGACCAUAACCACAAGUUUUGUUACAUUGAGAGUCGAUAACUCUUUUGAAAGGCACCAAUCACCAUUCACUUGCAUCUUGAGAAAUCCAGACUUUGACCAGCCAAUGAAAGUUGGUGAAGGAUUUCAUGGCCAAAUCCAACAACUUGUAAUCAAUUAUGUUCCCCUCAGGCUGCGUCACACUGAAAUCCAGAAAUCAUCUAACCAGAUAACAGGGGCAGCGCCAUUUUCCACUUCAAAUGUAGUAUAUGAAUUUGCUGAUCAAGAAGAGGGAUUCAGACGUAUAGUUAACAAGGAACUGGUUCAUGCACCUUGUGAAGAGGAUAUCAAAAACUGGAAGAUUGAAGUGGCAGUGAAACUAGAGUCAUCAGAUGGCCUCAUUCUCUUCAUGCCUGGGAAAAAAGAUGGGAGCUAUUUGAUGGUGAGCUUGGAGAAUGGUGCUGCUAGGCUCCAUGUCCGUGAUGGCGACCUGUACUCUGAAGUCAUUGCUCCACAACAACUCUCACCUGGAAACUGGCUCAAUAUUUAUUUGGACCAGACAGGGUGGCAGGAGCAAGAGAGUGAAGGGGAUGAACAAAAGGACGUAUCCAUAAGCAUCGGGAUGCGAGUGAAUGGUGCUGAACGCCUUACUCUACCAUCCUCUGGGAAGGGCAGCCACUCUCAGAUGUCUAUUGUUUGUGGAGGAGAAGUGUUUGUUGGAAACACAGAAGAUGAAUGGAAGACAAAACUGAAAAAGCUUGAUGCAAAAGUAGCUGCUAAUGAACUACUGCUUAAUCCAUUGCCUGGAGUGUUGGGAUUUCUAUCUGUAAAUGAGAAACUUCAAGACCUUGGGUCUGUUCCUGCUGAAUUCGCUGCAGGACAACAGUUUUCAUCAUGGACUGCUUCUGUGGCAGACAACUAUGAGGAACGACCAAUGCUAAUGGGUCAGCAACUUAAUCUGACAUGCUUCUUUGACCAGUCUGAACCUGGAAGUAAAGUGCCCAGCAACUACAAAGUUCUGUGGUUGCAGCUUGAUACAGUUGUGACUCCUGGAGGAAGUGACAGCAAUCUUGAGCGUGAGGUGGACUUUGUGAUCAAACAAGGACCACGAAUGAGUCAGCUGGCCGCCUUCUCAUACCUGAGCCGUGUCUCACUGGAGAACUUCUACAGCUGCUGGGUACAGAGAAAGGGAGGCCCACCUGGCCAGAUUGUAAUUGCCUUUGGUGUUUCUGUCAUUGACCCCAGUUCUGAAUUAAAUUCUACUCCAUUAGUAGUGAUGAUGGUUGCUGGAGUACUCUGUCUGCUGAUUGCUCUAUGCUACACUGCAGUGUUAGCAGGUGAAGUCUAUGUUGAAAGGAAGAAUAAAUUUGGAGCUUAUCAAAGUUUCAUUCGAAUGAUACGAGGUCAGAGUUUGUCUUCUGAAGACCAGCUGGAGAAUAUGCUGCAUCUAUUAAAUUCUGAGCAAAGUUUGUUGAUACUUGGUUCAGAAGAAGCUGUAAAAGCAACUAAAAAGAAACUUGUUGAAAAGUAUGGUAGGCUACGUGCAGGAGGUGACUUGUCAACCAGUUACAUCUCAUCAUCAAAUGAAAGUUUUGACAGUUCAUCAGAACUCCCACCACUGCCUAUGUGCACACAGAGAAAGACUAGGAAAUAAGUAUGUGCAAGUAUUUGUGCACAGCAAUGAAAAAAAGCACCCAGAGAGAUAUUAUACAAGAACAUGAAGAAGACUUUUGCUGGGCAAUGUUUAUUUCUGUGCAUGGCAAUGAAACAUGUGGAAGAACUGUAAUAUAAACAUUAACUAUUGGUAGUUAUACAUAGUAUUGGUCCAGCUCAAACCUUAUUACUAUCUGUAUUCUCAUUUUUUCAAACAAUAUAGAAUUUUUCAAAUGUGGA